GGCGGCGUCGCGGCUGCACCUGGCGCGGCUCGGCGGGGCCAUGCCGGCGGGCACGGCGCCGGGGCUGGACGUGCCGCUGACUGCCGCGCCCGGGCGGGACAGCGGCGGCGCGCACGGAUACACAGAUCACAGCAUCAUUUCAAAACCUUUUUGACUCGAAUUAACUUCAUCCCAUUAACUUGAUGACAGAAGGUCAUAGAGGGUCUGGCCCUGACAUGGGUGGCGGUGUUCACUGCAAGGGGGCUGCAGCCCCUCAGGGCAGCUGGCUCUGGGCAGAGGCAGAGCUGUGGCUACCAGCAAGCCUGAAGCAGGAGUACAGGUGGAUGAGGAGCCAGUGGGAGCUCCGGGCAGCUAUAGGGCAGUGCAGCCACGUCUUCCCUCCCCAGCUCGGCACACUAAACAUCCUUCAUGGCAACGGCACAGCUGUGGGGACAGUCAUAACAUUCCAGUGCUCUGCUGAGUACCAGCUGGAGGGACCUGGCUUCAUCACCUGUGUUUGGAAAGGGAAUGGUACCCAGUGGACAGCCGGAGUGCCCUCCUGCCAGCCCAUAUCAAAAUAUGAGAGUUUUGGAUUUAAGGUUGCAGUGAUUGCCUCCAUCGUGAGCUGUGCCGUCAUUCUGCUGAUGUCCAUGGCUUUUUUAACUUGUUGUCUUAUCAAGUGUGUGAAGAAAAGUGAAAGGAGGAAGACUCAAAGAGAUAUGCAGCUGUGGUACCAGCUCAGAGCCGAAGAACUAGAGCACAUGCAAGCUGCUUACUUUGGGUUUAAGGGAAGAAACAAUAACAACAAUAAGAAACUCAGGAAUAAAUCCGUAUUUGAUGAUGCGGCUAAAAUGGCAUAUGAUAACCAAGGCUUCUGCAGUAAAAGCCCCUGUUGUUUGGUAUCAGGAAGGCCUUUUUGUUGGAUCCUUGUGCUCUGCAUUUCAAGACCACCUGUGACGGCGCGCAGCCAAGGCACAGCUCUGGAUCCACCAGCCUGUGGGAUGGAGGAGGUGCUGCCAUGGGCACUGAUGGCCAGUGCAUGCCUGCAGGUGGAAAGGUGGUCGAGGGCAUCAAAGCAGCACCCCUAUGAGAGCACUGAAGGGUCAUCCAAUUUUUGGAAAACCUGCUUUCUUUUCCAAUUAUUAAUCUGUUUGAUGUGUGAGGAAACAAGGUUGUACCCCUGCAAUGCACUUCUCAAUAUGUGCUGUGAAAAGGAGCAUGGAGAUAAUUCUCAACACUUGUUCCAGUUAAGUUCUCAAUUCAUUAAAUCAAUACUAGCCAAUGUUUACCAGGAGAUACUUGUUCUGUGAGCCUUUUGCUUGCAGUGUUUCGGAACCCUGCCAGACCCAACAAGCUUCUCUACCCAGAUGUGUUCCUGCAUCCCAUGUUAAACCUUUGCUUCUCCCUACACAGGGCUGGCACCAGC